CGUCAUCAGAGUGCGACGGGCGCACUUUUUAAACCGCCUUCCGUGAAUAAACUUUUCAAACGACAAUUCUAAUCAAAAGUGUCGUUCUGACAACAACAACGUUUUUUUUUCCCGGCAGCCUGUGCUGUUUAAAAUGGAUAAAGUCACAGACACAUCACAUACUUGUAUCAAAGACGGCCCAUCAGGGUUAUCGAGCGACAGCAGUGAUGACGAGCCACUGGUGAAGAUCGCCUCCAAGAGUCCUCAGGUGACCAUGCUUCUGAAGGUGAUGGUGGAGCGGUGUCCGGUUAAGGAGUUUGGGAACAGGUGUAAAGGCACAGAGCUCCAUCUGCGGCUGGACCCCAGCGACUCAGACGAGGAAGCCGAAAGACAAAGGCGUAAACAGGACGGCAAAACAGGCUUUUGGAAAAUGGAGGAACGGGACAAAAGUGUUCUGGACAGUGCUGAUGACGAAGAUGAUGUUCCUCUGGUGAACGUACUGAAGAAUCUAAAGGAUAAGAAACAGUCUGAGCAGACAGCAGGUCAGACCCUCAACUCUGAGGGUCAAACGCAAGACGAUGUUCUGAACAGUUCUGAUGAUGAGGAUGAUGAAGAUGAUGUACCUCUGGGGAACGUACUGAAGAAGACAACGGAGGAGAAACAGUCUGAGCAGACAGCAGGAGACUCCUCAGAUGAUGAGCCCUCGUCCAAAGUAGCAAAAACUCGCUCAUCAAAGAAAGCCUCGGCCAAUAAGAACCGUUCUAGAAGCAUCAAUAUGGGGAAAAGAAGAGCAGUUCUGAACAGUUCUGAUGAUGAGGAUGAUGAAGAUUAUGUACCUCUGGGGAACAUACUGAAGAAGCUAAAGGGGGAGAAAACUUCUGAGCGGACUGCAGGUCAGAGCCUCAGUUCUGAGGCUCCACAGACACAACAUGAGGGAGACUCCUCAGAUGAUGAGCCCUUGUCCAAAGUAGCAAAGUCUUGUGUAGCAAAGAAAGCUUCAGCCAAUCAGAACAGAUCAAAAAAAAUCCAUAUGCGUAAAACAGCAGUUCGGCAUAGUUCUGAUGAUGAAGAUGAUGCUCCUCUGGUGAACUUAACGAAGAAGACAACGGAGGAGAAACAGUCUGAGCAGACAGCAGGAGACUCCUCAGAUGAUGAGCCCUUGUCCAAAGUAGCAAUAACUCGCUCAUCAAAGAAAGCCUCGGCCAAUAAGAACCGUUCUAGAAGCAUCAAUAUGGGGAAAAGAAGAGCAGUUCUGAACAGUUCUGAUGAUGAGGAUGAUGAAGACGAUGAAGAUGAUGAAGAUGAUGUACCUCUGGGGAACAUACUGAAGAAGCUAAAGGGGGAGAAACCUUCUGAGCGGACUGCAGGUCAGAGCCUCAGUUCUGAGGCUCCACAGACACAACACGAGGGAGACUCCUCAGAUGAUGAGCCCUUGUCCAAAGUAGCAAAGUCUUGUGUAGCAAAGAAAGCUUCAGCCAAUCAGAACAGAUCAAAAAAAAUCCAUAUGCGUAAAACAGCAGUUCGGCAUAGUUCUGAUGAUGAAGAUGAUGCUCCUCUGGUGAACUUAACGAAGAAGACAACGGAGGAGAAACAGUCUGAGCAGACAGCAGGAGACUCCUCAGAUGAUGAGCCCUUGUCCAAAGUAGCAAUAACUCGCUCAUCAAAGAAAGCCUCGGCCAAUAAGAACCGUUCUAGAAGCAUCAAUAUGGGGAAAAGAAGAGCAGUUCUGAACAGUUCUGAUGAUGAGGAUGAUGAAGACGAUGAAGAUGAUGAAGAUGAUGUACCUCUGGGGAACGUACUGAAGAAGCUAAAGGAGGAGAAACCUUCUGAGCGGACUGCAGGCCAGAGCCUCAGUUCUGAGGCUCCACAGACACAACAUGAGGGAGACUCCUCAGAUGAUGAGCCCUUGUCCAAAGUAGCAAAGUCUCGUGUAGCAAAGAAAGCUUCAGCCAAUCAGAACCGAUCUAAAAAUAUCCAUAUGCGUAAAACAGCAGUUCGGCAUAGUUCUGAUGAUGAAGAUGAUGCUCCUCUGGUGAACUUAACGAAGAAGACAACGGAGGAGAAACAGUCUGAGCAGACAGCAGGAGACUCCUCAGAUGAUGAGCCCUCGUCCAAAGUAGCAAAAACUCGCUCAUCAAAGAAAGCCUCGGCCAAUAAGAACCGUUCUAGAAGCAUCAAUAAGGGGAAAAGAAGAGCAGGGUUAUCGAGCGACGGCAGUGAUGACGAGCCACUGGUGAAGAUCGCCUCCAAGAGUCCUCAGGUGACCAUGCUUCUGAAGGUGAUGGUGGAGCGGUGUCCGGUUAAGGAGUUUGGGAACAGGUGUAAAGGCACAGUUCUGAACAGUUCUGAUGAUGAAGAGAAUGUACCUCUGGGGAACGUACUGAAGAAGACAACGGAGGAGAAACAGUCUGAGCAGACAGCAGGAGACUCCUCAGAUGAUGAGCCCUCGUCCAAAGUAGAAAAAUCUCGCUCAUCAAAGAAAGCCUCGGCCGAUAAGAACCGUUCUAGAAGCAUCAAUAUGGGGAAAAGAAGAGCAGUUCUGAACAGUUCUGAUGAUGAGGAUGAUGAAGAUUAUGUACCUCUGGGGAACGUACUGAAGAAGCUAAAGGAGGAGAAAACUUCUGAGCGGACUGCAGGUCAGAGCCUCAGUUCUGAGGCUUCACAGACACAACAUGAGGGAGACUCCUCAGAUGAUGAGCCCUUGUCCAAAGUAGCAAAGUCUCAUGCAGCAAAGAAAGCUUCAGCCAAUCAGAACCGAUCUAAAAAAAUCCAUGCACGUAAAACAGCAGUUCUGAAUAGUUCUGAUGAUGAAGAUGAUGCUCCUCUGGUGAACUUAACGAAGAACACAACGGAGGAGAAACAGUCUGAGCAGACAGCAGGAGACUCCUCAGUUGAUGAGCCCUUGUCCAAAGUAGCAAAAACUCGCUCAUCAAAGAAAGCCUCGGCCAAUAAGAACCGUUCUAGAAGCAUCAAUAUGGGGAAAAGAAGAGCAGUUCUGAACAGUUCUGAUGAUGAGGAUGAUGAAGAUGAUGAGGAUGAUGAAGAUGGUCAGACCCUCAACUCCGAGGCUCCUCCAACACAACACGAUGAUGACUCCUCAGAUGACGAACCAUUGAGCAAAUUUACAAACACUCGACGUUCAAAGAAAGAGGAGGCAAAUCCGAUCGAGUUCAAGAGCAGCCGCAGAACUAACAAAAAGAAAAUAAGAACAGGGUCUUCCAGUGACGACUCGGACUAUGAUCCGAGUAAGAAGACGGCCCCCAGACCUUCACCCAAGAGCCGGAAACCUCAGCCUAAACCUCAGCCUAAACCUAGGAGGCGCAGGCAGAAAGACACAGAGUCCUCAGAUGGGAGCUCUGAUGAUGACGUUCCGCUGGUGAACCUGGACAGGAAGGAGAACCAGUCCACCACCAAGACCGGCACCAAGACUAGGUCCACACCGGCCCAGAGGUCUACAUCCAAACCCCCCACAAGGGCACCCAGGAUGCAUGCGUCCGCAGCUGAGAGCUCUGAUGACGAACCUCUGCUCAACCUGUUAAAGAAGCCGCUCAAAGACGGGACAAACAAAAGUUUGUCGCAAGGGAAUGGCCAGAGGACAGAGAAGAGAGACCAAACUCCUUCGAAUAACAACCGAGGACCAUCAGGAAAGGCCAUAGUCACCAAGAAGAUGAAAAGACAAAGGGCUUGCAAUAAUGGGUUAUCGAGUGACAGCAGUGAUGACGAGCCACUGGUGAAGAUCGCCUCCAAGAGUCCUCAGGGGACCAUGCUUCUGAAGGUGAUGGUGGAGCGGUGUCCGGUUAAGGAGUUUGGGAACAGGUGUAAAGGCACAGAUGUUUCUUUUUUUCCCACACAGAAAUAACUAGGACUGGUUCGUAGGGCCCGCUUAGCCUGGGUAUACCCAUGCUGCCUUGUGCGCAAUUUCAUUUUGCGCUGCCGGCUGAAGCAGAAACGACAGCUUUGAAAGAAUGCGGAAGCCUUCUACACUGGAGCAGUUCAUGUUGCAUUUUGGAAAUGUCUAGAUAGUUAGUCAUAGAAAAUGUUUAAAUGUUUUUUAAAAUUCAAAAGGUUUUAAUGAUCAUUUCGAUAUUUUAUUGUAGUGGAACAUUUUUAUUAGAUUAUUUUCUGUACCUUUUUAUUUAGAUGUAUGCAUCAUUUUAUAUAUUGUCCAUAGUAUGUCACUGAAGUUCAACUGAAGUUCAAGUUCAAAUGUUUUGAAAAGAAAAAUGAAGUGGAAAAUGAUUUUGUCAUUCAAAAGUAUUAAAUCGACUUUCAUACAUGAUCA